AUGGCAUUGAAGUUGAAGCUUAAGGUGCCUUCUACAGGUCCAGGCCAAUCGAAUGGGAAUGGGAGCAAUAAUCAAGCUAGUUCAUCAGGACUCCCAAAACUUAAAAUAAAACCGCCAAAGCAAAAGGAGAAUAAAGUUACUAAGAAACAACAAGAAGCAGGUGCUAAGCAUAAGAAACUAAAACUCAAUAUAAAGCAGAAGAAUCCAGAAAUAGAUAAUAUAGGUAUACGAGGAAAUGGUGGACAGCCAACUAGAUCUGUUCCUAAGGUUAGAAUAAAACCAACCAGGGUUCCAGGUGAUGGAUACGAUUCAGAGGCACCAGAUCUUGAAGACGACCCAUUGAUUGAACAAGGUAUAAUAAUACGAUUUCUAAAUGAUGCAAACCUAGACUUUGUACAUAAUGCAGUUGAUUCUGGAGAUCUUACAGGAUUAAAUAUUAAAUGGGUGACUAAAGUGAAGGCAGUUGUCAAUGUUAACGGUACAUUAUAUUCAGCAAAGUUACUUGACUUACCAACUAUCACCGAGUUGUACAAAACUAUUGACAAGAAGAAUAUCUUUAAAACUUUUGACAUUUGUCAGAUAUUGUUGGUGUUGUACCCAGUGAAUCCAUCAGAUUUGAAUUUGGAGAGGGAUUUCGAGGUGCCUAGCGACUUGACACACGUACAUCCUCUUUAUAAGAUGUCACCAAAACAUGAAUUAAAACCGACUAAGACUGUGCUUAAGAAUGGUCUUAUAUACCCAUUUGAAGAAGUGUACAGGAGAUUCAAGCCACGUAAAGUUAACCAUAGAGUUGUUGAAGAUAUAGAACAAAGGAUCGACGAAUUGAUUAGGCUUGAUGAUGAAGCGGAAGAAAGCCAUUUUGAAAUCGUGGACUUGACUAAACAACAAACUAAUCAGCAUAGAUUCAGUAAUAUUAGUGGAACACUGUCGGCUGUGGCAACCCCAUCAGCAAUUUCGACAGACUUACAGGCGCAAUUUAAUAAUGGGAGUGAAGACGAAGAGGAACAAGAAAUGCUCCCUCAAAGCGAUGAAGGUGAUUUGGAAGAAGAGUUGGCUAAAGCACUUGAAAAUGACGAAACUAUGGUAGGUGACAUAAACAUGGAGAAUGAGGUUGAUGGCGAAGGUAUAGAGGAAGAAGAGGGACAAGAAGAGGAAGAAGAAGAGGAAGAGGAAGAUGAAGAUGAUGAAGAAGAUGACGAAGAUGAUGAAAAUGAUGAAAAUGACGACGAAGAUGACGAAUCAAAGGCAGAUAAAGAACAUGUAAAGAUGCUAGAAGAAGAAAUUGCUGACUUGGAGAAUGCUGUGGAAGUCCAUAGAAAGGGACUUGCCUCUGCCACUCACAAGAUGAUGAAGAUGAAGUUCCAAACAAGCUACAAUACCUUGAAAGCUUCAUUGGAUACUAAGAAGAGAGAGUUGGCCAAAAUCGUCAGCGAUCAGCAACAAUUACAACAAAAAAUGGAUCCAAAUAAAGAUACUAAUACGGAAACUUUUGGCUCAAAUCAAUAUCUUGAUGAUCACGACGACCAAGAAGAGGAAAACGGUACACCUGAUGAUAACCUUGACGAUAUAGAUGACUUAUUCUAG